ACCCUGGUGUGCGUCCACCAGACCCGGGUGUGUGUCUACCAGGCCCUGGUGUGCAUCCACCAGACCCCAGUGUGCGUCUACCAGGCCCUGGGUACGCGUCCACCAGACCCCGGUACCCGGGUGUGUGUCCACCAGACCCGGGUGUGCAUCCACCAGACCCUGGUGUGUGUCCACCAGACCCCAGUGUGCGUCUACCAGACCUGGGUGUGCGUCCACCAGACCCCGGUGUGCGUCUACCAGGCCCUGGGUGUACCCUGGGUGUGCAUCCACCAGACCCGGGUGUGCGUCUACCAGGCCCUGGGUGUGCGUCCACCAGACCUGGGUGUGCGUCCACCAGACCCCAGUACCCCGGUGUGCGUCCACCAGACCCCGGUGUGCGUCCACCAGGUGGGCUGUUUGACGUUGCUCAGGCCUUUAGAAGAAGUAGGCAUUGAGAAUAAAGGCCAAGAGCGCAGCCGCAGCCGGGCCGCCUGCCCCCCAGCUCUGAUGCUGCACCCAGCGCCCGAGAGGAAGAGCCUGCCCACGGACAGCGACGAGAAGGGGCCUCCUUCCAUCCUGGUGCAAGGAGAGGACAGCACGGCGAGAGGCACCAGACCUGUGGCCUCCACCCCGGUGCCCGGCUCCCCCUGGUGUGUGGUCUGGACGGGCGACGACCGAGUGUUCUUCUUCAACCCCACCAUGCAGCUGUCCGUCUGGGAGAAGCCCGUGGACCUGAGGGACCGCGGGGACCUCAAUAGGAUCCUUGAGGACCCGCCCCACAAGCGCAAGCUGGAGGCGUCAGCAGCCGAUAGCAGCGAUGGGUCCAGCUCCGAAGACGGCAGGGACGGCCAGAAUGUGAAAACCAAGAGGAACCGGACUGAAGGCCGCGGGAGCCUGGGGCUAGAGGAGGCGGAGCCAGAGGACAGAGGCCCGAGGACGCCGCCCCCCCAGAUCCCCCUGGAGGAGCGCGUGACGCACUUCCGAGACAUGCUCCUGGAGAGAGGGGUGUCAGCGUUUUCUACCUGGGAGAAGGAAUUGCAUAAAAUUGUGUUUGACCCCCGCUAUCUCCUGCUGAACUCAGAGGAACGAAAACAGAUUUUCGAACAGUUCGUCAAGACAAGAAUAAAAGAAGAGUACAAGGAGAAGAAAAGCAAACUGCUGCUGGCCAGAGAGGAGUUCAGGAAGCUGCUGGAGGAAUCGGAAGUGUCACCGAGGACCACAUUCAAGGAGUUUGCCGAGAAGCACGGCCGCGAUCAGCGGUUCCGCCUGGUUCCCAAGAGGAAGGACCAGGAGCACUUCUUCAACCAGUUCAUCCUGGUCCUCAAGAAAAGGGACAAGGAGAACAGACUGCGGCUGCGCAAGAUGAGAUGAGUGCGUGCCGGCGCUGGGUUGCCGGGCGGACGCCGAGUCGCCGGGGCAGGGCGGGCCGGCGUGGCCUGGCGGGACUACUGUUUCAUAUUGAAGCUCUCUCUUUUGUACGAUGUUCGCAGUUGGAUGCAGUUUCAGUCGCCAUGAUACGUCGAUCCGAUUGUUUUAAUUAUGCAAAUCACUUGUAGUCUACAGGAGCGACAGAUCCAUGCAGACUUGCGGCUGAGCCGGACGAGCGCCGUGUGCACGACCUCAAGGCAGUUCUAUCACCCACGACUCAGCCAGCAUUUCCUGAGAACCCCGGGGCUCUGUCUCCUUGUCUGAGCAGUAGCAAUAGGGCACUCAUCACUCACCAUCCUGGCAGUGUGGGCGUGGGCACAGGGGCCACGGAUCACUGACAGGUGUUACUCACCAUCCUGAUGGCUGUGGGCGUGGGCACAGGGGCCGUGGAUCACUGACAGGUGUCACUCACCAUCCUGGCGGCUGUGGGCAUAGACACAGGGGCCGUGGGUCACUGACAGGUGUCACUCACCAUCCUGAUGGCUGUGGGCAUGGACACAGGGGCUGUGGGUCACUGACAGGUGUCACUCACCAUCCUGAUGGCUGUGGGCGUGGGCACAGGGGCCGUGGAUCACUGACAGGUGUCAUUCAUCAUCCCGAUGGCUGUGGGCAUGGACACAGGGGCCGUGGAUCACUGACAGGUGUCACUCACCACCCUGAUGGCUGUGGGCAUGGACACAGGGGCCGUGGGUCACUGACAGGUGUCACUCACCAUCCUAGUGGCUGUGGGAGUAGACACAGGGGCCACGGAUCACUGACAGGUGUCACUCACCAUCCUGGCAGUGUGGGUGUAGACACAGGGACUGUGGAUCACUGACAGGUGUCACUCACCAUCCUGAUGGCUGUGGGCGUGGGCACAGGGGCCGUGGGUCACUGACAGGUGUCACUCACCAUCCUGGCGGCUGUGGGCGUAGACACAGGGGCCGUGGGUCACUGACAGGUGUCACUCACCAUCCUGAUGGCUGUGGGCAUGGACACAGGGGCCGUGGAUCACUGAUAGGUGUCACUCACCAUCCUGAUGGCUGUGGGCAUGGACACAGGGGCCACGGAUCACUGACAGGUGUCACUCACCAUCCUAGUGGCUGUGGGUGUAGACACAGGGACUGUGGAUCACUGACAGGUGUCACUCACCAUCCUGAUGGCUGUGGGCGUGGGCACAGGGGCCGUGGGUCACUGACAGGUGUCACUCACCAUCCUGAUGGCUGUGGGCGUGGGCACAGGGGCCACGGAUCACCGGCAGUGCCCAGGGGUCUCUGCUGUUCCCCCACUGAGGGUGUCCAGGAGGAAGCCACAGUGGCCGCCAGAGGUCCCUGUGACAAAGGAGCUAUUUUGUACAAAUCAUCAUAUUAAUAUUUGAGUUAUUUUUAUUGUAUGCCCAGAGUUUGCAUGAGAUUUUUCUCAUCAUCUUUGUAUAAAAGAUUUUAGAUUUUUUUUAAUUAAUAAAUAUUUUAAACCAGCAUUUUGUGACUAAGACUCCCAUCAAAAUCUAAGAGGCAGAAUCAGACGGCGGUUCCUGGAGGUUGAGGAAGGCGCUGCGGCCGUGCCCGCGGAGCCCCGGCAGUGCCACGGCGCCCGGGCGAGGAGGGUGGAGGUGAACUGUCUUUGGUGCCACACGGCUUGAAAUCUAUGAGUAGUUUCCCCAGUGCACAUCUCCCACGGACUGUGUGAAGACCCUCGUAUAUAGAUUGAAAAAAAAAAUUUUAUCCAAGUAAGUUUCUUUGAAUUCUGUUUUUCUGAGAAUGCGUUGAGGUCCCCUCGGCUUCGAGAGCCGGAGUGGAAGAGCGCGGGUGAGACCCCUGCCGAGCUCGGGCUUCCGGGCCGCAGCGUCCUGUCCUGCCCUCGGCCCGUACCUGGUGCCCUCGGGAGAUGCCCCCGCACAGCCGCCACCCCUGGCUGGGCUGCACUCGCGUCACGGCUGGGACUCCUGUCUGCUGCUUUCUCCUGUGCUGGGGCCACGCGUUCUGCAUUCCCUGGUGGGAGCCGGGCCUCCGCAGGGCGAGGGGCUGGGGCUCGCUGCACUGCCGUCUGUUCCCGAGACCCCUCCCCGCCCGGUGCCACUCGUGCCCUCCCCACUGCCUGUGCGACAGGGCUCUGGUAAAA